UCAAAUUAUUUUUCAAAUUAUUUUUACACAUAGCUGGGGAAGAUAAAGAAUAUUAGAUUAUUAUUUUUUUUUUUAAAUGCUCAUUUAGUUGUCUAGAUCACAAAUGUAUUGGGGGAGUGAGAGCAUUAUCCUUCAAGGUAGUACGUGCCAAUUCAACAAUAUUAUGCAGCACAUUUAAUGGGAUCCUAAUAGUUGUUUCUUCAGGCUGAGAAGGCUUGGAAGGAAUCUUGGUUGGUUAACCUAGAUGCAGUAACGUCAUAGUUAAGUGCCGAAAUUGUCCCCCACUUCCAAAAGAGCAGGGAAGAGGGUUACAGCAGGCGGACCGAGGCAAAGUUCUUCCGGGCUGAUAGGGAGGGACUCCUUCUUGCGCCCGCGCAGUUCACGCUAUGGCCCCUCCCUUCGAAGGAACGCUUCCUCUUCUCUAGCCCCGGAGUCUCUGGGCGUAAUUGGGGGAGGAGUUCUGGCGAUGCUGAGAUUAGAGCUCAUUUUUUCCCCCUCAGAGCGGGGAGUGGUUUGAGUUUUUCACUUGAGGAGGCGGGGUGCAGGGCCAGCUAGAAACCUGGGCACGGAGUCCUGCGGUCGAGAUGGCGGCUACCUUCUUCGGAGAGGUAGUGAAGGUGCGCUCCAGAGCAGUGACUGAGGAGGAAGAAGAGGAGGAGGAGGAGCCCUGGGCGCGGGAUAACCUCGAGGACAAAGAAGUGCGGCAAGAGCUCGAGAGGAAGAGAGAAGUAGAAGUCCUUCAGACACAGACAAAAGUAUCUUUGGAAAUUCCCUUGCUAGAGCAGUAUCCAUGUUCGAAGUUUAUAAUAGCCAUAGGACAAAAUGCAGUAGCAUUUUUGUCUUCAUUUGUUAUGAAUUCAGGAACUUGGGAAGAAAUUGGAUGUACUAAACUAUGGAAUGAAUGGUGCAGAACAAGAGAUACAACAAAUCUUUCCCCAACAGAUGCUUUUUGUGUGUUUUACCGUCUAAAGUCAGAUCCUACAAUUUUCCUGUGUCAGUGCAGUUGCUAUGUUGCUGAAGAUCAACAAUAUCAGUGGCUUGAAAAGGUUUUUGGUUCUUCCCCGAAUAGAAAUUUACAGAUAACUAUUCUUACAUCUCGUCAUGUGACUGACUAUAAAACUCCAGAAUCCAGUUGCAAUCUGCCUUCUCCCUUCCUGAAAGCACUUAAAACACAGACUUUCCAAGAUGCUGCCUGCUGUACACUCUUAGAACAGCCAAAUAUUGUACAUGAUCUUCCUGCUGCAGUUCUGAGUUACUGUCAAGUGUGGAGAAUUCCAGCAAUUCUCUACCUGUGUUACACUGAUGUAAUGAAACUAGACCUAGUUACGGUUGAAGCUUUCAAACCAAUUCUUGGUUCAAAAAGCUUGAAAGGAUUAGUUAAGAAUGUUUCCCAUGGUUCAGAAAUACUGAAGAAACUAGUGACAAGAAAUGAAAUUCAGAGCAACAUUUAUACAUGAUUUUGAAUUGAUUUUUGUCUGGGGGAAGGAGAACAGAAGGAGAAAUGUUCUGUAGUUCUAACUAAUUUACUAACGGGAAGAAAGCAAAAUAAAGAGUUUAUUUUAAAGUAA